GUGGGUGGUAGCAACAGGAUUUAGUGGGGCUCGCACGCUGUGGAGCAGACCCAAACUGGGCUCGAAAGUCAGCUCAGAGAUUCGUACUCGUGUGUCCUGAUGUAAAUAAUGUGGUUUCCCCAUCUGUAAAAUAAAGGCACGGACCAGUGCUGCUUGGAAAUUACGGCACGACCCAUUUUUGGCUAGGAACCGAACACAGGGUAGGCAGCAGAGGAAAUGAAACCGGGAGAGGUUAGCACUGCCCAGAUGUUCCGCUGCUUUACCGUGAAAAAGAUCUGCCGCCGGAGAAGUUCCCGGGAAGUUGCCCUCCGAGCGGCGGGCCCGCCUCGCCUCGCCGCGCGCCGCCGCGACAAGCGCUCCCUGCAGGAACUCCCACAAUUCCCAGCCGGGGGGAGGCCCCGCCUCCCGCGACGUCGCGCCCGCGGAUUGGCCGGCGUUGGGGCCGGGCCUCGACCGUAGAAGAGCGGGAACUGGAGAGCGGGUGGUCGCCAUGACGGGCUUUGGGGCCCCGCGUCUCCGGCGCGGCCGGCCGUUUGUGGGCCGGCCUGCCCCCGGCGUCGCGCUGCUGCUUCAGUGUUUGCUUGGGGCCCUGGCCAACAAGCUCAACGUGCCGCAGGUGUUGCUCCCCUUCGGCCGGGAGCCAGGCCGCGUGCCCUUCCUGCUGGAGGCGCAGCGGGGCUGCUACACCUGGCAUUCCACCCAUCAUGAUGCAGUAACUGUUGAGCCUUUAUAUGAAAAUGGCACCUUAUGUUCUCAAAAAGCUAUGCUCAUUGCUGAAUCUACCCAACCGAUACGCCUCAGCAGUAUUAUUCUUGCUCGAGAGAUAGUGACUGACCAUGAACUGCGCUGUGAUGUUAAGGUUGAUGUGAUAGACAGCAUUGAAAUUAUAUCUCGAACCCGGGAACUCUAUGUAGAUGAUUCACCACUGGAACUGAUGGUGAGGGCAUUGGAUGCUGAAGGAAAUACUUUUAGUAGUUUGGCAGGGAUGAUGUUUGAGUGGAGCAUUGCCCAGGAUAACGAAACAGCAAGAGAAGAAUUGUCUAGCAAAAUUAGGAUUCUGAAAUACUCCGAAGCAGAAUAUUCUCCCCCAGUGUAUAUAGCUGAGAUGGAAAAAGAAGAGAAACAAGGAGAUAUGAUUUUGGUGUCUGGGAUCAGAACUGGUGCUGCUGUUGUAAAAGUUCGAAUUUAUGAGCCGUUCUAUAAGAAAGUGGCAGCAGCAUUGAUACGUCUGCUAGUUUUGGAGAAUAUAUUUCUUAUACCAUCCCAUGAUAUUUAUCUCUUAGUAGGAGCAUAUAUUAAAUACCGAGUUGCAAAAAUGGUGCAGGGAAGAAUGACAGAGGUGGGGUUUCCCCUAGAACACUAUACACUGGAAUUGCAAGACCACAGAGUUCCAUGUAACUGGUCUCUUUCUGGGAAAGUGGCUUUACUGGAUGAGAAAAGAGCUAUGGUGACUGCUGUCCAACUGGGCCAAACUAACCUUGUCUUUGUCCAUAAAAAUGUCCAUAUGCGAUCUGUGUCUGGACUCCCAAAUUGCACCAUAUAUGUUGUAGAGCCUGGGUUUUUAGAUUUCACAGUUCAACCUGGAGACCGAUGGAGUCUAGAGGUGGGACAGGUGUAUGUCAUUACAGUAGAAGUGUUUGAUAGAAGCAGUACAAAGGUCUAUAUUUCAGAUAAUCUCAGGAUUAUGUACCAGUUCCUAAGGGAGUACUUUGAAGAGCAGCUCACUACUGUGAAUGGAUCUUACCAUGUAGUAAAAGCCCUGAAAAGUGGUGUCGUGGUGAUAAAUGCAUCCCUGACUUCCAUCAUUUACCAGAAUAAAAAUAUUCAGCCUAUAAAAUUUCCAAUCAUACAUCAGCAAGAAGUGAAGAUUUAUUUUCCCAUCAAGCUUACACCCAACUUUCUGGCAUUUCCUCAUCAUCCUAUGGGAAUAUUAUAUCGGUAUAAAGUACAGGUAGAGGGUGGCAGUGGCAACUUCACUUGGACCUCUUCUAAUGAAACAGUGGCCAUGGUGACCACUAAAGGAGUGGUGACUGCAGGUCAGGUCAGGGGGAACAGUACUGUUUGGGCCCGAGAUGUACAAAAUCCCUUUCGAUAUGGAGAAAUUAAGAUAUAUGUCCUGAAACUGAACAAAAUGGAGCUGUUACCAUUUCAUGCUGAUGUGGAGAUUGGCCAGAUUAUAGAAAUCCCCAUUGCAAUGUAUCAUGUAAAGAAGGAGAACAAAGAAGUCAUCAUGUUCACAGACUGCUCUCAUUUAUUGUUGGAUUUGAACAUGGAUAAGCAAGGAGUCUUUACUCUUCUCAAGGAAGGUGUUCAAAGACCUGGGCCAACACACUGUUCUAGUAUACAUAUAGCAGCCAAAUCUCUAGGCCAUACCCUGGUAACAGUGAGUGUGACUGAGUCUGAAGAGUACUUGGAGAGCAGUGCCACAUUUGCUGCUUAUGAACCUCUAAAGGCUGUAAACCCUGUGGAGGUGGCAUUGGUGACAUGGCAGUCUGUGAAGGAAAUGGUGUUUGAAGGGGGCCCCCGUCCGUGGAUCUUGGAGCCCUCCCGGUUCUUUUUAGAGUUGAGCAUGGAGAAGACAGAGAAAAUUGAAUUAACACAAGUCCGGCUGCCAGCUAAAAGAAAACAGAACCAGUACAUCUACCGGGUCUUGUGCCUGGAUUUAGGGGAACAAGCUCUGACAUUCCGAAUCGGAAAUCACCCGGGUGUCCUGAACCCCAGUCCAGCUGUUGAGGCUGUGCAGGUACGCUUUAUGUGUGCCCACCCUGCCAGCAUGUCAGUAACCCCAGUAUACAGAGUGCCAGCUGGUGCCCAGCCGUGCCCUCUGCCACAGCACAACAAACAGCUGAUUCCUGUAUCAAGCCUGAGGGACACAGUUCUGGAACUGGCAGUGUUUGAUCAACACAGGAGAAAGUUUGAUAAUUUCAGUUCACUAAUGCUGGAAUGGAAAUCCUCAAAUGAAACACUAGCUCAUUUCGAAAAUUAUAAUUCAGUGGAGAUGGUAGCAAAGGAUGAUGGCAGUGGGCAGACUCGGCUACAUGGUCAUCAGGUCCUUAAAGUACAUCAGUUAAAAGGGACUGUACUCAUUGGAGUCAAUUUUGUGGGCUACUCAGAGAAGAAAAGUCCAGAGAAACUUUCCAACUUGCCCAGAUCUGCAGCUGUGGAGCUGCUUCUGGUGGACGAUGUAACUGUACUGCCCGAGAAUGCCACCAUCUAUAACCACCCCGAUGUGAAGGAGAUAUUUAGCCUUGUGGAAGGAUCUGGUUAUUUUCUGGUCAACAGCAGUGAGCAGGACAUUGUCACCGUCACUUACAUGGAAGCAGAAAGCUCUGUCCAGUUAGUUCCAGUACACCCUGGAUUUUUCACCUUGGAGGUCUACGAUCUGUGCUUGGCUUUCCUGGGUCCAGCAGUGGCCUACCUCAGGGUGUCAGACAUGCAGGAGCUGGAACUUGAUCUGAUUGAUAAGGUUGAAAUAGGUAACUCUGUGUUAGUAACUGUGAGGGUUCUUGGCUCUUCCAAACGCCCAUUCCGAAAUAAAUACUUCAGAAACAUGGAGCUUAAACUGCAGUUGGCUUCUGCCAUCGUCACCCUGACGCUAAUGGAGGAACAGGAUGAAUACUCUGAAAAUUAUAUCCUUCGAGCUGUCUCUGUUGGGCAAACCACACUUGUGGCUAUUGCCAGGGACAAGAUGGGGAGGAAAUUCACAUCGGCUCCUCGCCAGAUUGAGGUGUUUCCUCCAUUCAGACUUGUUCCAGAGAAAAUGACACUGAUUCCAACUAACAUGAUGCAGGUCAUGUCUGAAGGUGGCCCCCAGCCCCAAUCUAUCAUUCACUUCUCUAUCAGUAACCAGACUGUGGCUGUUGUGAAUAGGAGGGGGCAGGUUACAGGGAAGGUAGUUGGCACAGCUGUGGUCCAUGGCACCAUCCAGACAGUAAAUGAAGAUACUGGCAAAGUCAUUGUGUUUUCUCAGGAUGAAGUGCACAUUGAAGUGGUUCAGCUAAGGGCUGUUAGGAUCCUUGCAGCUGCUACUCGACUCAUCACAGCAACUGAGAUGCCAGUUUACGUCAUGGGAGUGACCAGUACCCAGACCCCUUUCUCCUUCAGCAAUGCCAACCCUGGGCUCACAUUCCACUGGUCCAUGAGCAAAAGGGAUGUAUUGGAUCUAGUACCCAGGCAUUCAGAGGUUUUCCUACAGCUCCCAGUAGAAAAUAACUUUGCCAUGGUUGUCCACACAAAAGCAGCCGGUCGCACCACUAUCAAAGUCAUUGUCCGCUGUAUGAACAGUUCCUCUGGGCAGCUUGAGGGGAAUUUGCUGGAACUGUCUGAUGAAGUUCAGAUCCUGGUGUUUGAGAAACUCCAACUGUUCUUUCCAGAGUGCCAGCCUGAGCAAAUUCUGAUGCCCAUGAAUUCCCAGCUCAGACUCCACACCAACAGGGAAGGGGCCGCCUUUGUGAGUUCCCGUGUUCUCAAGUGUUUCCCUAAUUCAUCUGUCAUCGAGGAGGAUGGCGAAGGGCUCCUGAAAGCUGGUUCCAUUGCAGGUACUGCUGUGUUGGAAGUCACUUCUAUAGAACCUUUUGGAGUCAACCAAACAACCAUAACUGGAGUUCAGGUGGCGCCAGUGACAUAUGUGCGGAUGAGCAGCCAACCCAAGCUGUAUGCAGCCCACGGGAGGACUCUGCCCGCCUUUCCUGUGGGCAUGUCUCUCACCUUCAUUGUCCAGUUUUAUAACAGCAUUGGAGAGAAAUUCCACACACACAACACCCAGCUUCAUCUGGCUCUGAACAGAGAUGACCUGCUACUUAUUGGGCCAGGGAAUAGGAACUAUACUUACGUGGCCCAGGCAGUGAACACAGGAGUGACGCUUUUGGGAAUCUGGGACCAGAGGCACCCAGGUGUGGCAGAUUACGUCCCUGUUGCUGUGGAGCAUGCCAUUGAGCCAGACACCCAGCUCACCUUUGUUGGAGAUGUCAUCUGCUUCAGGACUCACCUCCUCAACCACAAUGGUGAACCUGGGAUAUGGAUGAUUUCUGCUGACAACAUUCUACAGACAGACACUGGCACUGGAGUGGGAGUGGCCAGGAGUCCAGGAAUAACAACAGUUUUUCAUGACAUCCCAGGAGUGGUGAAAACAUAUCGAGAGGUGGUGGUCAAUGCAUCAUCAAGAUUAACACUCAGUUAUGACCUCAAGACCUACCUCACCAAUACCCCCAAUUCAACUGUGUUCAAGCUCUUCAUCACCACUGGCAGAAAUGGUGCUAAUCUUAAAGGAUCCUGUACCCCAAGUCAGGCCUUGGCCAUUACAACAAUACUUCUUCCUGAGACCCUCGUGCUGUGCCAUGUGCAGUUCAGUAAUACUUUGCUAGACAUCCCAGCAAGCAAAAUCUUCCAUGUCCAUGCAGGUUUCAGCAUGGAGAAAGGGGUUUAUGUCUGCCUAAUCAAGGUUCGACCCCAGUCAGAAGAGCUGCUCCAGGCCCUCAGCGUGGCUGACACCUCAGUCUAUGGGUGGGCCACACUGGUCAGUGAACGGAACAAGAAUGGAAUGCAAAGAAUCCUCAUUCCUUUCAUCCCAGCCUUUUACAUCAACCAGUCAGAAUUGAUUCUUAGCCACAGACAAGACAUCGGGGAGAUAAGAGUGCUGGGGGUGGACAGAGUUCUUGAGAAGCUAGAGGUCUUCCCUAGCUCCCCAGUUCUAGUGGUCUCUGGCCACAGGCAGUCUUCCCUCACGCCUGGCCUGGCUGUCUAUCCCGUAAGAGCAGUCAACUUCACCUCCCUUCAGCAGAUGGCAUCACCCAUUUUCAUCAAUAUUUCCUGUGAGCUCACCAGUCAAAGUGAGGCUGUGCUAGUGAGAGCUCUGAAGGAUAAGUCUGGUGCAGAUCAAUGUGAAGAUUCAGGUAUCCUCCAGAAGUUCCUGGGUUCUCACCAGGCCAUCCUCUUUACCCUCUUCACAGUGCUGGCAUCAACAGCUUUCAUCUUUCUAGCGUAUAAUGCCUUCUUAAACAAGAUACAGACAGUUCCAGUUGUUUAUGUACCAACUCUAGGAACACCACAACCAGGUUCUUAUACCUCCACCACACGUUCUCCCCCACCUUUCAUGAGUCCACAACCCCCAGCAGGCCCGAGACGGCUACAACACUGGCUAUGGAGUGUAAGGCACUAACCUCCACUUGGACAAAUCCCCUCAACUGUAGAGGACUGGAGCCAUAAGCCCCCAAACUAGAUAGGCUUCUGAAAACUGUAAAUAAAAGAUCCUAAGCUGUUCUGCGCCAAGGUGGUAUGUUAAAGGUUAACUGUCAAUUCUUUUUUUUUUUUUUAAUAUUUUUUUGGCCAAAUUGGUUUCUUUUGGCUGUCUUUUUUUUUUUAAGAUUUUAUUUAUUUUUGAGAGAGAGAAUGAGAGACAGAGAGCAUGAGAGGGAGGAGGGUCAGAGGGAGAAGCAGACCCCCCGCCGAGCAGGGAGCCCAAUGCGGGACUCCAUCCAGGGACUCCAGGAUCAUGACCUGAGCCGAAGGCAGUCGCUUAACCGACUGAGCCACCCAGGCGCCCUGAACUGUCAAUUCUUAACGCUAUGAAAACAUAAAAGUGAAAGAAAAUGUCCAUUUACAUAGUAUCCCAUGUUUUUAUCAAGUUCCAAAGAUUUACUCGGUGAGCCUAGCUGGACAGAAAUGUCCCAAAUAGACUUAAGUACUUGGCCACUUACUUGCCCCAAGUGACUCUAGCAGUCCACUCCUCUGGUUGCCCCUGAGUACUUGAGGUAGGAACUUCCUAGCAGUAAAACAAAGACAAUGAACGGGACGUAUCCAAAAUCUGUUUAUUGGGAUAGUGUCGCACUCAUCUUGAUUCAGGGUGCUUUUAGUGCUGCUUCCGCCUGAAGGAGCAUCCUGGAAGAAGGUGGUUCCGAGGUUACUUAGCCUGCCCCACCCCCACAAAACAUCACACCCACAAGAAAGCUGCAUCUUUACUUUCCUUCUAAGCCUGUAGCUACCACUUCAGUCGUUUAAGAAACUCACCACUACCUCAAACGAAGACCCUUUUAGGACUCCUCCGCCUCAGCUUUAAACCUCAGCGUUACUUUUUUGGGGCAGGAAGGCGUGUGGACGAACGACUUCCAACUCCCCACCACCUUUAGGGGACCCCGGUCGUCCAGCAGCUCACCUUCUGUAAGCCUUGCUUUUCCUCCCGUGGGCUGGCAGAGGACAGUGGAGCAGCCGACGCACAGAACUACCGUUUGCGCGUGGCUAAAGACGGUGGUGAUCUUGUAGCAUCCUGGGAAGGAGCACCGAGCAGCAGGGGCUUAGGACCUUUACUUCCCGCCCACGCCUUUCUCUGCUCGAGCGCAAGCCCGCGUGCGGUAACGGUCGGGACACGACGUCCCGCCCCCCGCCGUCCGCCGUCCCCUCGAGACGCGCACGUUCAAGCCCGCUCGGAAGCGGUCGGGCCAGCCAUGCCCCCGCCCCCGGGGGCCCACCAUCUCGCCCGCCAGUCGUCGCCGUCCCCGUCCCCGCGGGCGGCGCCCCUCACCCGGGCACUUCACGUCCAUGAAGUAGGAGUUGGGGCUCUGCACCAGGCGCUUCUUCUUGUGCUUCCUCUUCUCCUCUUCCGGGGACGGGUGCAGGAGGUCCUUCGCGAGCUACAAGGGGCAGACAGGCGCGGUCAGGGCGCCGGCGGCCACAGGAGCAGCAGCCCCCUCCGCCCGGCGUCCACAGCGGGGCCGCCAUCUUACCCCCGCCCCGGGCCGCGCGCCGCCCGCCCCCGCGCCCGCCGCCCGCGGCCCGAAGCCCGCGGCCGGCCCCCGCGGCCCGCACCGGCGGAGGGGCGCGCGCGCGCGGGAGGCGAGGGCUCCGCCGGGAGCCGGGCCGAGGAACUCACGGGCAUGUUCUCGUGGGGAGGUCGUCACCGCCGGAAAGGAGCGAAAGCGGAAAUCCUGCCGCUUAUAUCCGCCGCCAGCCGGAAGUGACGCGCGCGCGAUCGGCAGCCAUGCCGGAGUCCGCGCGCCGCCUCCACCAGAAACGGACGCCUCCGUGCGGGCGGCUUCCGACGGGGCUUGCUGCGCCGCGCGGGGGGGAGCGCAUUAACAGGGUCGGCUGAGGAAGACGGCGCGGCCGAGCCAUGCCCAGGGCUUCUCGGUGGGUUUACUUUGCCGGUUACCAACUCAGAGUGUAAAAACAGGAGAAGGAAGCCCUUCCAUCGCCCGUUUCCGCAGCCUCCUGCGAGGGUGAGCCGCCGUUGAGUUUUGUCGUCUUUCCAGUCUGUUUCCUCUAUGACGGCGACGUCAGACCCUGACGUAGUGCUGUCUGUGGGCAGCGCUGCGCCUGCUCCGCACGGUGUGUCGGGCGGACCCUGCGGAGGGACGCCCAGCGCAGUCCAAGAAGCCGCCCGAGGUCCUGCCAGCCCGCCGUCCGAGUCGGCGGCGCCACUUUACAGCCCCACAGCCCUUCCCGCAGAUCUGCAGCAGCACGCACGCUUGACAGGACGCCUGAAGACCGAAGCAUCAUCUUCUCUAGUCGGACGCAGCGUUUAGAAUGUCGCUGUGUCAUAAGGAGGAUCGAAGGUGACUCGAAUGGUAUCUUGGAAUCACGGGAAAGGCACGUGAGUCCCAGUCAGGGGCGUGCUGGCCCAGGUCAGUUUCAGUGCUGUAACUACCCCACCGUGGCCGAUUUCACACUACCGGUGUGACAUCGUUAAACACGGCGUUGGUAAGAGAGAAGCACAGUUUGUUCUCGUGGCCAGCAAGAACCGGUCGCAGCACACCCCUGAGGGGCAGAAGAUCCCCCGAGGAAGUGACAUUUAGGCUGAGUUCUGAAGGGGUAUCAACCAAGCAGCAGCCUGGGAGAAAAGCAUCCUGGGCUGAGGAAGAGCUUGUGAAGACAAAACCAAGGCCAGAACGAGCCUGCCGUCAUUGAGGGAGGGAGAGGCAUGGUUGCCAAAGCUCUGAGAGCUAAGGGCAAAGCUUACUGGGCUUAGGUUCCGGUGACAGCUGGUGUACAGCAUAAGCACUGUUCGGAGAGGUGAGCACCGCACACACCACGCUCUGGGGAUGAAGAGUCCAGAUCCAGGCAAAAUGCGAAGAAAAAGAAUUGAUGGGUUUUUAUCGGAACAAUUCAUGAAAGCUGAAGGAUUGGUAGGAGGGGGCGCCUGGGUGGCUCAGUCGUUAAGCGUCUGCCUUCCGCUCUGGCCAUGGUCCCAGGGUCCUGGGAUCGAGUCCCACAUCGGGGUCCCCGCUCGGCGGGGAGCCUGCUUCUCCCUCUUCUGCUCCCUCUGCCUGUGCUCUCUCUUUCUCUCUCUCUGUCAAAUAGAUAAAGUCUUUAUGAAAAUAAAUAAUUGGUAGGAGGUGGUUCGACCUGUGAGGAGAAAUAGAGAAGACUCAAGGUUUGUGAUACGGCCUGAAGACAGUGGGAGGUGAGAGGAUGGACAAGAGGGGGAUUGAAUAGCUGUGUUUGAGAACGGGCAAGCAUGGACACACAAGAUGACAAGGAUGAGCGAAGUAACAAAAGAUGUCUUCUCAGAACCGGUACAUUGCACAAGGACAAUUCUACUGACCCACUAUUAGAAAAGCAGAUAGUUUGAAUAAUUUUUUUCCAAAGACAAAGAUAAACUUGUUCUUUGUAGCCGUGUUUUCCAUACUUCAGCUUUUUCGUUGCCUUUUCACAGCCCUUUCAGUGUGGUGUCAGGAGGGCAGCCUCAGGGCGGUCUUAAAGAUCCAUCCCUCAUCAAAAGAAUGAAACCAGACAUUUAUAGUCCCGUUUAUGUCUUCCUGAAACUGGCUUGUCAGAGAAAUCACAAAUAGGGUCCCAGAAGAUUUGAAUACUGUCGUUAAUAAAGCCCAAAUGUGUCUCAGUGAAA